AGGGUUCUUGGUUAGUGUUGACCUUUAGCGCCAAUUAUUUUCACUGGUGGAACGGUCGAUCGGUCCAGCGAUGGGGGACGAUCUGGGCUUCGAUCUGGAGUUCUCGCCAGCGGCGGCGAGGGUGUGCGUCGUCGGGGCCGGGGUGUCGGGGCUGUGCGCUUGCCGGCAUUUGCUCAAGCGAGGAAUUCGGCCCACUGUGCUGGAGGGCUCGUCCCACAUUGGCGGGGUGUGGCGGAGCAACAGCGUCGCCAUCACGCGGCUCCAGACGCCCAGCGUCGCGUACCAGUUCUCGGAUUUCCCGUGGCCGCCGGGCACGCCCGCGUUCGCGACAGGGGGCCAGGUGCUCGACUACCUCCACGGCUAUGCCGCCAAAUUUGGGGUUUUGGAGUGUGUCCGGUUCGAUUCUAGGGUUGUGGGUAUCCGGCGCGAUGGCGAUCGCGGGCCAUGGCAGCUUCUUGUGGAGCGCGGCGAUGGCGACGGCGCGGCGCGCGAGACGCUGGAAUUUGAUUUCGUGAUAUUGUGCGUUGGUCGUUUUGGAGAUGUUCCAAGGCUCCCAUCUUUCUCGCCUGGCCAAGGUGCCGACGUCUUCAAGGGAAGAGUGCUGCAUUCGACUGAAUUCUCGGCCCUCGACUCUGAGAAUGCCUCGAAACUUCUCCGCGGAAAUAGUGUCGUCGUCGUCGGCUUCUCAAAGUCCGCUUUGGACGUUGCCGCAGAAGCGGUUGAAGCGAAUCAAGGGAAACCGUGCACGCUCUUGUUUCGCAGAGCGCAUUGGAUUGUCCAGCAUUGGGACGUUUUUGGAGUGAACAUUGCCUAUUUGUUCGGAACAAGGCUAUCUGAGAUGUACUACCACAAGCCAGGCCAAGGUUUCUUUUCCAGCCUGUUAACCUCGCUCCUCUGGCCAUUGAAGUGGGCUACAUCUAAAGUGGUGGAAGUUUAUCUCCGGUGGACGCUUUCGCUAUCAAAGUAUGGGAUACUGCCCAGCAUACCAUUUUAUAAACAACUUUCUUCGUGCAAGAUAUCGGUAAUACCUGACAACUUCAUGGACUACGUGAAAGAGGGUCGUCUCAAGCUUUGCAAGUCGCCAAAGUGGCACUUUACAGCGACUGGAGUCAUGCUCGAUAACAAGCGCGAGUUGAAAGCAGAUGUUGUUCUGCUUUGCACAGGCUUUGAGGGCGAAGUCAAGCUCAAGGCUAUUCUUCCCGAAAGAUAUGCAGAGGUUUUGCAAGGACCGGACGGUGUAGUUCCAUUGUACAGAGGGAUGAUACACCCACGAAUUCCUGGGAUGGCAAUACUGGGUUACCAGGAGGAUGUCUCAAAUGUGAGAGCUUCAGAGAUGGGAGCUCGCUGGCUGUCGUACUAUCUAACUGGAAAGGUGAAACUUCCCGACUCUCAAACAAUGAGCAAGAGUGCCAACGAGUGGGUGCGCUACAUGAAGUGGUCGACCCCGUACUUCGACAGGGCAUGCGUAGCGUUGGCCAGGACGUGGCACAGCGACGAGCUGUGCAGGGACAUUGGCUGGAAUCCGAGAAGAAAGAAGAACUGGCUGCAAGAACUUCUCUCGCCGUACUCCAACAUGGACUACAUUGAUUGAAGAACAUGCCCGAGGUUUGCAAAGGAGGAGAGGAUAAGAAAGAAUUCCCUGUCCCACUCAUUAGGGGCACAGGAAAUGUGAAGCUUUGUUUUCGAAUAAGGAAGGCCGGCUUUUAAAGUAA